AUGAGCCUGGCGCAGCAGCGCGGCGGCAACGUCGAGAGCAAGAUCGCGCAGGUCAACUACAGCCGCGACUUCGGCGGCCUGGGCUACAUCGGCCUGGUCGUCUUCCGAGACUUGAGCCCCGGCGGGGGCGGCAGCAGCAUCGGGCUGACCUGGUCGCGCGCGCUGGAUGCCCGCCACGGCGCCAGCGUCGGCGUGCAGCGCCAGCCGAACAUCAACGGCGGCCACGAGACGGUGGUGCAGGCGCAGGUGCAGCGCAACCCGGCGUUCGGCACCGGCCUGGGCUACCAGUUGAUGGCCGAGACCAGCGGCCGCCAGAUAGCCCAGGCGCAGUGGCAGGCGGAGCACGCGGUGUUCAGCGGCGGCGUCGCACGGCGCGGGCGCGACGUCGAGACCCGCGCCGCGGCCUCCGGCGGGCUGGCGUGGCUGGACGGCAGCGUCUUUGCCGGCCGGCGCAUCGAGGGCGGCAUCGCCGUCGUCAACGUCGGCGACUACGAAGGCGUGCGCGUGCUGCAGGACAACCAGCUCGUCGCCCGCACCGAUUCGCGCGGCCGUGCCUUCGUCAGCGGCCUGCGCGGCUACCAGCCCAACCGCGUCGCCAUCGAGGCGUCGGACCUGCCGAUGGAUGCCGAGCUGGAGGCGAUGGAGAUCAAGCUCACGCCCGCAGCCCGCAGCGCGGCGCGCAUCGACUGCCGCCCACCCGCGACAGCGACGACCUGCCCGACCUGGGUAUCCUCAGCUGCCGGUGACCCCAUGACACGAACGUCGACACGCCUCUUCGCCCUGCUGCUCGUGCUCUUCGCCUGGGCCGGCCCGGCGCGUGCGCUGUGCAUCACCGGCCUGUGCACCUGCACCCUGGGGACGACCAACGUCGCCUUCGGCACCUACAGCCCGCUCGCCUUCGGCAACACCGACACCACCGGCACCGUCAAGGUCGACUGCGGCGGCGUCGUGGGCCUGCUGAUCCCGUUCAGCAUCGCCAUCAGCGCUGGCGGCAGCGGCAGCUACGCCAACCGCCAGAUGAAGAGCGGCAGCAACCAGCUGGCCUACAACCUCUACACCGACGCGUCGUACACCACCGUCUGGGGCGACGGCACCAGUUCGAGCCAGCUCGUCAACGCCGGCGUCACGCUGGAUCUGGCGGGCCUGGCGCCCACGCAGAACUUCUACGUCUACGGCCGCAUCCCGGGCCGCCAGCUCAGCGCCGUGCCGGGCGUCUACGUCGACACCAUCAGCGUCACGCUGACCUACUACUGA